AGAGUGACGUCACCAAACUACCAACUCCAGGAAGCUGGAAGUUUCUUUCUGAGGACGACGUUUUUAAACACUGUUUUAAUUGACGGGGUUUAGACAGGAAACUGAGCGGCGAGUGAAACUAUUGAUUAGUAUUUAUUCUUCAAAUAGUCCGCCUUCGUUGAUAAAGUUUGCUCAACUCUACAGCAGGAGGACAAAGGACACAGGACGUAAAGUCGUCACACAUCACUAACCAAAGAUGUUAGCCUCGAGUCUGCUGGCUAAUUACUGUACCGAACUCCAUGAUGACCAAGCGCAUAAAGUGGACAAAUACCUGCACCGUCUUCAGCUUUCAGAUGAGACGUUGAUGGAUGUGUCAAUAAGAUUUCGACGAGAGAUGGACAAAGGCCUGUGCAGAGACACCAACCCUACAGCUGCUGUCAAGAUGCUGCCCACAUAUGUGCGCUCCACUCCUGAUGGAACAGAGCAAGGUGAAUUCCUGGCCCUUGACCUUGGUGGAUCCAACUUCAGAGUGCUCUUGGUCAAAGUAAUGGCCGAUGGCGAGCAAAAGGUGGAGAUGGAAAAUCAAAUUUAUGCCAUUCCUGAACACCUCAUGAGAGGCAGCGGGUCUGAAUUAUUUGACCACAUAGCUGAUUGUCUGGCUAAUUUCCUGGAGAAGUUGGGCAUAAAAGAUAAAAAGCUUCCUCUGGGUUUCACCUUCUCUUUUCCCUGUCAACAGACCAAGUUGGAUGAGAGUGUUUUGGUGUCUUGGACCAAAGGCUUCAAGGCAAGUGGAGUAGAGGGAAAAGAUGUGGUCAGCCUUCUGAAGAAAUCAAUUAAAAAACGAGGGGAUUUUGACAUUGACAUUUUGGCUGUGAUCAAUGACACGGUGGGGACCAUGAUGACCUGUGGCUAUGAUGAUCACCACUGUGAAAUUGGCCUCAUUGUGGGAACGGGGACCAAUGCCUGCUACAUGGAGCAGAUGAGGAACCUUGAGGUGCUGGAUGGUGACGAGGGACGGAUGUGUGUCAAUACAGAGUGGGGUGCUUUUGGAGACGAUGGAGUGCUGGAGGACCUCCGCACUGACUUUGACCGGGAAAUAGACGCAGGCUCUCUAAACCCUGGCAAGCAGUUGUUUGAGAAGAUGAUCAGCGGCAUGUACAUGGGGGAACUGGUGCGUCUCAUCCUGGUGAGGAUGACCAAAGAGAGGCUGCUUUUCCAGGGCAAGACUACAGCAGAGCUCCUCACCACUGGAAGCUUCAACACAAGCUACAUCUAUGCCAUUGAUAAUGACAGAGAUGAAGAAGGUCUGGCGAGCGCUGAAAAGGUGCUCCGAGGCCUGAGCCUGGACCCGUCGGUUGAGGACUGCAUAGCCACUCAGAGGGUGUGUCAGAUAGUAUCUACACGGGCUGCACACUUGUGUGCAGCUACUCUAGUGGCAGUGCUGCGGCAGAUCCGGGAUAACAAGGCUGCUGAGAAGCUGCGUACCACUAUUGGAGUGGAUGGCUCUGUUUACAAGAAUCAUCAAGAGUUUUCCAGGAGGCUCCAUAAGAUGGUACGGCGACUUGUGCCAGACUGUGAUGUGCGUUUUUUGCAGUCGCAGUGUGGCAGUGGGAAGGGUGCAGCCAUGGUAACAGCAGUAGCCUACCGUCUUGCCGCUCAACAAGCUGAGCGUCAGCGCAUCCUGGACACCCUGCGUCUGAGCCGUGAACAACUGCUGGACGUAAAGAAGCGAAUGAGUGAGGAGAUGGUGCGAGGCCUGUCAAAGCAAACCCACGAACAGACGAGCGUCAAGAUGCUUCCCACCUAUGUCAGAUCCACACCAGACGGGACAGAGCAUGGCGACUUUUUAGCUUUGGACCUUGGGGGCUCAAGCUUUCGGGUGCUGCUGGUACAAGUACAAAGUGGAAAGAGACACAAAGUUGACAUGCACCACAAGAUCUACAGUAUCCCACAGGAGAUCAUGCAGGGCACAGGGGAAGAGCUUUUCGACCACAUUGUGUACUGUAUCGCCGACUUUCUAGAAUACAUGGGUAUGAAAGGAACAUCCUUACCUCUGGGAUUUACUUUCUCCUUCCCCUGUCAUCAGAGUAAACUGGACCAGGGCAUUCUCCUGAGGUGGACAAAGGGUUUUAAAGCCAGUGGCUGUGUUGGACAAGAUGUCAUUACGUUACUUAAAGCUGCUGUCCGCCGCAGACAGGACUUUGACUUGAACUUUGUAGCUGUGGUUAAUGACACAGUAGGAACCAUGAUGACCUGCGGAUAUGAGGACCCCAAAUGUGAAGUGGGACUCAUUGUAGGCACAGGGACAAAUGCCUGCUAUAUGGAGGAAAUGCAGAACAUCGAACUGGUGGAGGGUGAUGUUGGGCGUAUGUGUGUCAACAUGGAGUGGGGAGCAUUUGGUGACAACGGUGAACUUGAUGACUUCUGCACCCAGUUUGAUCACAUUGUUGAUAAUUGCUCUAACAACCCUGGGAAACAGAGGUAUGAGAAGAUGGUAAGUGGCAUGUACCUGGGGGAGAUAGUGAGGAACGUCCUAAUGGAUUUCACUGCUAAGGGCCUGCUGUUCAGAGGCAAACUGUCUGAGCGACUCAAGACUCGGGGCAUUUUCGAGACAAAAUUCCUGUCACAGAUUGAAAGAGACCGUCUGGCCAUGAGACAGGUCCGCUCAAUUCUGCAGCACUUGGGCCUCACCAGCUCCACGUGUGAUGACAGCGUACUGGUGAAGGAGGUCUGUAGUGUGGUUGCCCGCCGCGCAGCUCAGCUCUGUGGCGCUGGUUUAGCUGCUGUGGUUGACAAGAUACGGCAGAACCGCAACCUCAAUCAGUUGUCCAUCACCGUGGGAGUGGAUGGCACUCUUUAUAAGACGCACCCACAUUUCUCCAGCAUCAUGCAGGAGACGUUGCAGGAUUUGGCACCGCAGUGUCGGGUAACUUUCCAAAAGUCAGAGGAUGGAAGUGGGAAGGGAGCAGCACUGAUCACAGCUGUGGCCUGUAGAAUGAAGAGCGAAGGACAGCACUGAAUAAUCAAAACACAGGUGGACAGGUAGAACCAGAGUUUCUAUGACUGAUUUCCUCUACCACUCCCGUACACUUUGACCUGAGUUUGGAUCUUGAGUACUAAAAUGUUUAUUCAGAUUUAUUUGUGUGUGUGUGUGGGUUCACAUGCACAUGUGUCAAUGUGAGUUUUUGGUUUGUGUUUUGAAUAGAGGUAUAUUUAUGAUGUGAGCUGAUAUUGCGGAGGACGGUGGUAAAUUAACUUCAGUUUAACUUCAGACAUUACAGUUAGAGAAUUUGCACCUUCUGUGAAAUGUGACUGUUACAAUCUGUGCAGCUUAUUUACACUCCCUCUUUUGUGCACCUUCAAACCCCCACGUAUUUUCCCUGUUGACUAUUAUUUUUUUGUAAUGAUUGCCUGUGAUCUGUGAGUUUAGAAAAGUUUAUUUAUACACCACCUUUCAGGAUCAGACUUCACAAAGUGCCUCAGAUUAAACUUAAAAUCAAAAGCAAGACAUAAAAUAAAGAAAUGUCAUUUUAACUUGGGAAUGACCUGAUCAACAAAAUGAAACAUGUUUUUUUAUGCAGAAUACUUUGUUCCAUAAUACUUUUAUUAUAGGGGCUCCAUCCCUUUAUUAAACCAGAACGAAAUGGAUUUUAUCACAGGGAAUGGUUUCACAUUAAUUUUAAGCUCAAACAACAAAAACAAAACUUAUUGGGUCUACUGUAUAAACCCUAUGUCUAGUCCACCAUUAUCUCCUAUAAUACUGUAUGGUCUAAUAACUUCAACAAGCUUAUUCUGAUGCAGUAUAAAAGUAAGAUGUACCAUUAUAAAACAUUCAACAAACAAGUCAUUGGGGGUAAAUUCAGAGAGUUUGAGAAAACACAACAACCCUAAAAUUGUUACUGGAGGGGAAGUUCAUUAAACCACAGUGUUCAGAAACUGAAGGGCAGGGAACAGUAGCACUCCUGGGGCUGGGAGGUUGAGGGAAAUUCUACAGGGGGUAAAAGGAAGGUUUAAUUCAAGUCCUUUUAGACUUGUUUUAUUUAUUUGUGUAUUUCAUUUGGAUGGCACAUUGUACAAAGACAGAAACUCCUUACUCCAGAGAGAGAUUUCUUAUAAUUACUGACUCAAAGGGAAGAGCAGUUUUGAGAAUCUGUUGUUUUCUCUGAACUAUAAUAUGAAAUGUUUUGUUAAAACUAUAAACACCAACAAUGAGUUGUACAAUCUUUACAAGCAAUCUUUGUUUAUGGAACAAAUGUUUUUGGAGUUGUGCACACCAUAAAUAUGCCAUUAAUGUAUCCAACGGCAGAAUGUUUUUACCCCACUGAUUAUUAUACCAUGUCUGAUUACUUUUGAUAUGACUACCUGUUCUUUAAAACUAAGCAAUGCUUUUUGCUCCUUAAAAAAAACGUAUCCUAUAUUUAUAGAAAAUAUUCUAUAGCCAAAAGUUGCUGAUUUUUCCUAUAGAUAUGAUUUGCUGCUUCACUGUCUGAUCAUUAGUACCCUACAGUGCUGCUGUAAUCAGUGAUGUUCUUAAACAAGACUGGCACAAUAAAAUUGGCCUUGAAUUGC